UUUGGGGUUUGUGUUUUAAUACGAUAUAGAUUCUGUAUAUUUUCAUAUUAUCACUGCACUGCACUAUUUAGGCUCUACAAAAACACGGGCCGAAAAAUACGAAAGUGUAUAGGUUAUGAAUGUUUAUUAAUGGUACAUCGAUCCUAACCAGAAAAGAGGAAAUAAACUUUGAAGAAAUAUUUUGAAGGUUGUGUCGUAAUACUGAAAACGAUAGAAAUUACGAAAUAAUAGGUCAUAAAGAAAUCUCUAGAAGCAGUUUAACCAAAUCUGGAUUUGGAGGAGAACAACAAAUGAAGUGGAUGUUGAUAUAAUAGAUACAUAUAUACCACAAUUUAACAUCAGUGCUGCUAGGGACCCGUUAUAUGCGGACCGUGUUUUGAUUCUCUUCAUACCCAUGAUGGUUGUUUAAGGAACUGCGUUAAUGCACAAAAAAUGUAUAAAAAUAUGGAUAAACAAUCUUACAUCAAAACUGAAGAGGUUGAAAUAAAACUGGAAGACUAUGGCUCAGAUGCACUGGAAAGGAAUAAAUGUCUCGAAAACCAGUAUUACAUUAAAAUUGAAGAGAUUGAAAUAAAACUGGAAGAUGAUCAAAAUAUGCAGGAAAAUUAUGAAAGUGUUGAUAAGCAGUCUUAUAUUAAAUGUGAAGAGAUUGAUAUAAAGGUAGAAGAAUAUGAUCAUGAAGGUGAUUCUUCUUCAUGCGCCUUAUAUAAUGAAACAAUCGAAAUGAAAUCAGAAGAUAUGGGAGAAAUAAAGAAUGAACAUAUGCAUCAGUUAACGCACAAAGACGCUUCAAUUAUCCAAAUGUACAAAUGUGAAUCGUGUAAUUUUAAAAGUAAGCAUAAGGGUCAUUUGAAAAGGCAUCAAUUAUUACAUAAAAACCCUUCGGAAAUCCAAAUGUACAAGUGUGAUACUUGUACGUAUGAAAGUAAAUACAAGGGUCAUCUGAAGGUGCAUCAGUUAUCACACAUUUCAGAAGUCAAAAUGUACAGGUGUGAUAGGUGUAGUUUUGAAACUAAAUCCGUAAGCAACCUAAAAUCGCAUCAGUUGCAACACAAAAAUCCUUCAAAAAUCCAAAUGUACAAGUGUGAUACUUGUACGUAUGAAGCUAAAUACAAAGGACAUCUGAUGGUGCAUCAGUUAUCACACACUUCUGAAGUUAAAAUGUACAGAUGUGAUAGGUGUAGUUUUGAAACUAAUUUCAUAAGCAACCUAAAUUCGCAUCAGUUGCAACACAAAGAUUCUUCAAAAAUUCGAAUGUACAAGUGUGAUACUUGUACGUACGAAACUAAAUACAAGGGACAUCUGAAGGUGCAUCAGUUAUCACACACUUCAUAAGUCAAAAUGUACAGGUGUAGCUUUGAAACUAAUUUCAAUUCUACAUAAAGUCGAUUUAAAUUUCUUUUUAGAUGUAAAGUUGAUAGCACUGUACUCUACUCUGACGAAAAGUUUGGGUGCAAUCUGUCAAGAAGUUUGUUUACAGCUGUUAAUGUUGUUAGUCCAUCUAAAGUGUGCUUCUCGAUUUUUACUGUGGAUAAUGUUAUUGAACAAAGAACAAGCCUAAAAUUUUGUGCUACCAACGGAAUUUCUUGUGCUGAAUCGUUGAAAAUGUUGGCAAAGACGUACAGUGAUUCAGUUUUAUCGAAAAUGAAGUGUACGAAUGGUACAAAAUGAUAAUUGCGAAUAAAUUUUUGUAUAUGUAUAUGUAUUUCUUAAUUUUUUUUUUUUAAUAAAUAAAUAUAAGUGUCUAAUAUCGAACAAUUAAGCAUCGUCUGAUGGGUAUGUAUGAGGUUAGGCUACGCUGAAAAAUAUUACUAACAUGUGCCUUCGAUACACCAAAUAAUCACUGAUUUAAAAAAAAAUGGGUAUGUCAAAUUUAUAAAAUAUUUCUUUAACUGAGAUUUUUUCCCAGAAUAUUCAAAUAUUUAUUAUUUUCUUGGCAAUGGUAGUAUAC